ACAAAUGUUAUUGCUUUAUAUAAUAUGCAUUCUCAAAAGUGGGAACACCACUAUCAUUGCACUAUCACCCCAACAACAUGAAGAUUUCCAUCAGACUUAUGCUUCCUUUCUCCUUCGCGAUUGCAUUGUUGGUUGUUUACAUGCUAAUAUUACAACCUGACCAGUUACAUGGCAGGGAAUAUGACGUUCGUGUGGUCAAUGGCUUCACAAACAACGACUCGCUUCCUUUGGUGAUUUGGUGUGCAUCCAAAGACAGUGAUCUCGGAGGACGUGCACUCCAAGAGCACGACGACUUCAGCUGGAGACUCAGGACCAACUUAUGGGGCACCACUCAUUUCUUAUGCACCAUGAAAUGGGACCAAAAGAGGAAGAGUUUUGACGCGUUUAAGGUUCCCAGGGAUAUUUAUCGCUGUGGUCCUCUUAGGAAGUGCUCUUGGUUGGUGAGAGAGGAUGGGUUUUAUUUCAGCAAUGAUGAAGUGAAUUGGAAAAGAGAAUUCUCAUGGUAUUAGCUUUCAUAGUUCUUCGGUUCAAGCUAUAUAUCCUGGAUUUUGCAAUGCUAAUUGGUCCAUGUUAAACUUGUAUGAGGUAGAUCAGAUCAGUUAUGAGGUAGAUCAGAUCAGUACGUUACUGAUUAUAAAUGAAAAGUAAGUUUAUGUUUCA